CUGCACACCUCGCUACACGGACUUUGAAGACCUUGAACGAAAAUACUGGAAGAACCUCACGUUCAAUGCUCCUAUCUAUGGUGCUGAUGUUAACGGCACACUUUAUGACAAGGAUGUAGAUGCAUGGAAUAUUGGCAGAUUGAAGACAAUCCUGGAUAUUGUGGAGAAUGAAAGCGGCAUAACCAUUGAAGGAGUGAAUACUCCUUACCUGUAUUUUGGCAUGUGGAAAACAUCCUUUGCUUGGCAUACCGAGGACAUGGAUCUCUACAGUAUUAAUUACUUGCAUUUUGGGGAACCCAAGUCAUGGUACUCCAUCCCUCCAGAGCAUGGGAAGCGUCUGGAGAGACUUGCAAAAGGUUUCUUUCCAGGAAGUGCUCAAAGCUGUGAAGCAUUUCUCCGUCACAAGAUGACACUCAUCUCUCCAUCAAUUCUGAAGAAAUACGGCAUCCCAUUUGAUAAGGUGACACAGGAGGCUGGAGAGUUCAUGAUAACCUUUCCUUAUAGCUAUCAUGCUGGCUUUAAUCAUGGCUUUAACUGUGCUGAAUCUACCAACUUUGCCACUCUUCGGUGGAUCGAGUACGGGAAGCAGUCUGUACUGUGCUCAUGUCGGAAGGACAUGGUGAAGAUCUCCAUGGAUGUGUUUGUGAGGAAGUACCAGCCAGAUCGUUACAAGCUUUGGAAAGCCGGGAAGGAUGUGACUGUCAUUGACCAUGCUCUUCCAACCCCAGAGGCGGCAGAGUUCCUUAAAGGGGAUCUCAUGCAAAAAGUCAAGAAUGGGAAACAGUGUGCUGAGGAAAUGGAAACAGGAGAGAUGUGUAAAGAGGAAGUGGAUGGGGACGAGACAAAAAGCAUCCCCAAGCAUCGCAUAGGCACAAAAAGGCACAGGGUUUGCCUGGAAGUGCCUCAGGAGGUGAGUGAGAGCGAGGCCUUUCCCAAGGAGGAGCUGAGCUCCACACAGUAUGAAGCGGACAUGGCAGAGCCCAGUGAGAGACCUACGCAGGAACUUGUGCAACAAGGUGAACAAAGGCUCAAGCUUCCAGAUCGUGUGGACUCAGCCAAAUUUGAAGAACUGAAAACAGUGAAGCUUGAGGAGGAGGAGGAAGAAGAACAAGAAGCAGCUGCAUUGGAUCUCUCCAUUUCACAUGCUUCAAAUUCCACUUCAGUGUUGCCAACUUCAAAGCAGAGUGCAACGUCCAGUGUUCAGUCCAGUUCGCCUGCGUAUUCUGGUUCUUCAGACUCUGAAUCGACUGAUCUGUUGGCAAAACGAACUCUUCCUGGGCCAGCUGGGGUGCUUACGGUCCAUAGCUACGCUAAAGGGGAUGCCAGUGGAUCUGACAAUGAACAGACGUCAGGAAAGAAAGCCAGUGACACAGCCAGUGUGAAUGAGCAAGAACUGGCAGAGGUAGCAAAGGAGUACAUAAGAUCAAUGAAGGAGAGUAAGAAGUCCAAGGGUCGUCGCCAACCAUUGAGCAAGCUCCCACGCCAUCACCCACUUUUGGUUAAAGACUGCAUUAGUGAUGAUGAGGCAUCGGAGCAGCUAACUCCUGAAGAAGAGGCUGAGGAGACAGAAGCAUGGGCCAAGCCACUUAGCCAGCUGUGGCAGAAUCGGCCACCAAAUUUUGAGGCCGAAAAAGAAUACAAUCGGACCAUGGCUCAGCAGUCUCCUUACUGUGCUGUUUGUAUGCUCUUCCAGACGUAUCAGGCGGAGUGUGGAGGCAACAGUCAAAACUCCGGAGUAACUCCAGCUGCUGUGGGUGGGAAGAUCCGAACCAAACCCCUGAUUCCUGAAAUGUGCUUUACUACAACUGGCUGCAGCACUGACCUCAAUCUUUCAACCCCCUACUUAGAGGAAGAUGGAACCAGCGUACUUAUCACCUGCAGGAACUGCCAUGUCUGUGUUCAUGCGAGUUGUUAUGGUGUAUCCCCUGACAAGGCCACCGAAGACUGGAUGUGCUCCAGGUGUACAGAAAAUGCCUUAGAAGAGGACUGCUGUUUGUGUUCAUUACGAGGAGGAGCACUGCAGAGAGCCAAUGAUGACAAGUGGGUUCAUGUAAUGUGUGCUGUAGCUGUACUGGAGGCAAAAUUUGUGAACAUUGCGGAGAGGAGUCCUGUAGAUGUUGGCAAAAUCCCUCUGCAACGUUUCAGACUGAAAUGCAUCUUCUGCAAGAAACGAAGAAAGAGAAUUGCAGGUUGCUGUGUACAGUGCUCACAUGGUCGGUGUCCCACAUCCUUUCAUGUCAGCUGCGCCCAAGCAGCAGGAGUCAUGAUGCAGCCUGACGACUGGCCAUUUGUUGUCUUCAUUACCUGCUUCAGGCAUAAGACUCCAUCUCAGGCAGAGCGAGCAAAGGCUGCACUCCAGGAUCUGUCACCUGGACAGAUAGUCAUCAGCAAGCACAAGAAUGGUCGCUUCUAUCAAUGUGAAGUGGUCAGCCUUGCAAAGGAGACUUUCUACGAGGUCAACUUCGAUGAUGGCUCCUUCAGUGAUAACCUGUAUCCAGAGGACAUUGUGAGUCGAGACUGCCUUCAGUUAGGCCCACCUGCUGAAGGUGAAGUUGUACAGGUGAGAUGGACAGAUGGACAAGUUUAUGGAGCCAAGUUCGUUGCAUCACAUGCUAUCCAGAUGUACCAGGUGGAAUUUGAAGAUGGGUCACAGCUGAUGGUGAAAAGGGAUGAUGUGUAUACUCUCGAAGAGGAGCUUCCUAAGAGAGUGAAGUCAAGGCUGUCAAUAGCUUCAGAUAUGCGCUUCACAGAGAUCUUCGCAGAGAAGGAGGUCAGACAAGAGAGGAAGAGACAAAGAGUGAUCAAUUCACGCUACCGUGAAGACUACAUUGAACCUGCAUUGUACCGGGCCAUCAUGGAGUAAGCGCUGCCUGUGGCAGAGGAAGAUGAUGCCCACUUCCCCCAAGGAUUUAAACGCUCCAGUACAACAGGCCAUAUUUGGAUGCUUCAAAUCCAGGGUUUUUUGUUUUGUUUUUUAAGGAAGCUAAAAAGCUGAUGCUCUGCAGUAGCUGAAAGGCAGCUGUUGGAUAGUGAAACAGAUCCCAUUUGCUGAAGCUGAUGCCUGCAGACUCCUGGUCUGAAGUUGGGUCCUUAUUGAAUAAGCCAGUUUGGGGGUGUUGCUCUCAUCUCGUUGAGCAGUCUUGCUUUUUUAUUAAGAGACAAUUCUGACAGGUGGCAAACUCUGUUGGGAGUUUUAGCCGGGAAUCUUGGCAGCUGCAGAGUAGUAUGGUUUAUUGUUUUAAUUGAAUAAUGUUCCUGAUUUUUGGGAGUCUCCCUGGUGACCACACCUGGGCUUGAGCAGGCAGUAUUACUGGUGCUUGAAAUUGAACCUCUUUUUAUAUUUAUAUCCAUCUUUUUGUUGCAAGCAGCUUCAGUCUCUUGUUUCUCAGCAUCUCCUUUCUGAGGGUUGAGCUGUAGGCUGUUCAGAUCCAAGCAGACAGGAGAUGCUUGUGUGAACAGAUGAAAUGUGAAAUUGAAUCCUAUAGGGCAAAUUAUUUAACCCUCCAUUUAAUAUUUUUGUUCUGAUACUUGUUUUGACUUACUUAAUCAUAAGUGUAACUGUAAUAGUAUGUGCCUCAGAAUCCAUGAGAUCUGUCGAGCCCUGCACAGUGCAGCCUUCUAACAAGAAAAGGCAUUCAGCUCCCAAAGAGUUUCUUUUGAGUUUCUUCCCACCCACUCUAAGGCAAUAAUGACCAAAGGACAGAGUCCUGAUUCUCUCUUCUUGAAAACCAAGCAUCACAGUAUUGGGGAUCACAGGGCAGUGGUAUCUGAAGCAGUGCAGUACCUCUUCUGUGGCAGUGCUGUCUGUCAUGUGGCCGCAGGCUUGUGCUUACAACAGCUGAUAGUGGGUCUGAGACAGAUAAAGCAUGCACUGAACUGUAUGUAUUACUGAAAGGCUGUACAAUGCUCUCCUGAAGCAGGAGUGCUGCUGGGUUGUUGUGUUGGAGAGAACUUGUUGCCCCAGCAAUAGGAAGCUGAGUUAAGCUGGGUAAUAGGUGUACCCAGAUGUGCCAACUUGCUCCUAGUAACUUAAGCAUUAACACACCACAGUAGGAGCUGUGUACAUACCUGUUCCUUUCCCAUUCUGUAGGAAAGGGAUUUUAGGCUAUGGAGCAGACUGGCCGCCUUUUUGCAUAGAAUGAUGGGGUCACUUUUCCUGCUGGAGAAAAUUAGGGUUAUGUGGUCUCCAGCAAUAGUUCAAGAGGAGAAUUUUUCUAAUUCAGACCUAAUGCAUCCCUGCUUCUAUAGGGAUGUGGAAAUGUGUCUGCAAAGUCUGGAUUUAUAACUUCUUUUCCUUUUGUUACCUAGGAAUGCUAGAAACCAAACUCUUCUGAAACCCCUGGUGCAUUUGUGAUUAGCAAUAAAAUAUAGUAUUGUGUAGUAAUACAAUUCUUGAUCAGAAAAGAAAUAAACUACAACUUUUGUAAAGAAAAGCUUACUUAUCCCUACAUUUUUAUAGGGUCACAAGGCUGAUAUGAGUAGCAAAGAUUUGCACAACCACUGUUUUGCAUAGAGGUAUUCUGUCCCAUUUUUGUGGUGGAAUACCUUGUUCAUCAGUAUUGGAAGGCUUAAACAAAUUCUGAAAGGAAAUAAUGGCUUUCCUUUGUGGUUUUUUUUUUUUUUCUUUUUUCUAUGUCCAAAACUCCUGGUCUCAGGGUAUUAAGUCACUUUCUGAUGAAUGGGAUAGUUGGCUUGAUAAAACUAGGAUCUGUUAAGACUGGAGUCUAGUAGCUGCAGUUACUCUGGUCUAGGCAAUGGGAAUGAAACUGCACUUUGACAUAUUAGCUUGUACGUCAGCCUUUUUGAAGCGAUGUGCUGUGAGCAAAUGUGGAGAAGAGCUGGCAGGACCUUAACAAACUUGCCUCUCUUCUGUCAGCAUAUCUUAAGAUUUGGUAUUAACUUCUCAUAGGCUAUACACUACCUGUAUAUUACUGAAAAACAUAUUCUUCAUAUCAUCUGCCAUUCUGCCUCCAGAGAAAAGAUGCCUGUGUUCAGGCUUUCUUCCCAAACUGCCAUGUAACUUAAAUGCACCUUUUAGAUGCCACAUGCUACCUGUGCUGCAAACACCUGGCUCAACAGCUUCAUCUUAAAAUGAUGACCUAGUACAAAACAGCUGGAUUUGUUGGGAAUGCUGUUGUUUAACUGCGACAGGUUUUGCCACCCACCUCCAACAGUAUUGAGUGACUUUCAAGAGCUCCUAUGCCUAGCAUUUGUUCUGGAAGAGGGGCUUUGUUAUAUGUUUUCUGCAGGCUCCAGAUCUACUCUUGUCAGUUGGCUGCACUGUGUUGGAAACCGCUGCCAUCCUGCACUCUGAAACAAAGGGCCUUCCCAAUUUUGCCGCCGGUUCUUGUGCUGCACUGUUCAAAUGUGAGCAUACUUUACCUACUGCAGUGAUUGAACUGCAUUUUGGCUUCUCUUCAUGAACUUAAAAUUGGUGACCCUGGUGUUUGAGGGGUCUAUAUUAUCUGACUUUGCAAAAACAAUUGGUUUUAUGGCUUGAAGUAUUACAGGUAGCAAUAAAAGCUCUUUACAGAGCAGCUGUCUCAAAGGUACACAUGCUUUCCGUUACCUGUACUUUGAUCUUGACUGAUAAUAAUUUUCUCCAGUGGUUUGUUUUUGGAAGGAUAUUUAUCCCUGUUACAGCAUCAUUCCAGUGAGGGCAAGGUGCUGCCAGAGUAUCAGCUAGGCAGGUGCUUCUUGAAUGUGUUCAGCAGGAAAUCACGCUCAAUGUAUGCCCCACAGGAGCUCUGAUGGCCCUUCCUUGGGUCCAUUGCAUGUGAUGCUGCAGGCAGUAGACCACCUCACUUCACUUUUCAUGAAGCUUCCAUCUGUGACUGGUUCAGGUUGGACCCAUAAAUAGCAUUUUUAGUAUAAAUAAAUAGUGGCUUGCCUGUAAUUCAGGAUGAGCUUGGCAAGCCAGUGAUAACUUUUUAUAAGGUUUCAAAAGGUGACUCUAUUCUUUGUAAAGCACCUGAUUGCAGUAAUGUUUCUGCCUGUGGCUGGACUUCUAGGAGACCUUUUUCUCCAUCAGCAGACCCCUCAGAUGACCAGAGACAGUACCAUCAGUAGUAGGACCCAUUCUUCUUGCUCCUUCUCUCUCUUCCCAGUGUUUUGAGCUGGGUUGAAUUGAUUCUGCACUGUUUGAGGAGCAUAGCCACAUAUCCCAAGGCUUCCAGUGCAUCUUUGUUCUUCCAUUCUCUAACUGGGCUCCUGUUGUCUGACAUGUCUGCAGUUGUGCUUGUUUUUUUUAAUGCAAACAUGAGAUUAAAUCAAGACUCUGGUAGCCUGUAUGUUGUUUUCAAUUUGGUCAAAUAAUAAAUCUAAUUUCAAAAUG